AUGAACGUGUUGUCUUCCACAAACCCGUCUUUAACGUCGGCGUCCACCAAAUCGUCGCCACAGCCACAAUCAGCAUCAUCACUACCAUCCUCGCCUCCAGAGCAAGCUCAACUACCGAAGUCUCUGUCUGAACCACCAAUGACUCUCGGAAUGGCUUUCUCCUCGACUGCCAACAAGACGCGACCACUGGACCUCUCUGCCUCGGAAAGGAUUGCUACAACCACUUCUGCUGAAGUGACUCCUUUGGAUUGCCCAAAAUCAAUAAAGAUGGAGGAGGGAGAAAUGGAGAGAGAAAAGAAGACUUCCACAGUAGAUGAGAAGUCAGUCGCUGAGAUCGAGAAAUCGUUAAAAAUAGAGAGCAGAGAAGAGGACGUAUUACCAGCGGAGAAGUGUUUCAAACCAAUAGAAUCGUCCAACUCAGAACAACCAAGGUUGGAGGAGGUUUCAGCCCAACUAAAAUCGCUGACAGAGUUUUUUAAGACCCUCACCUCUUCGUCCUCAACUCUGGACGCCACAGUAGCUUCCCUCCACGCAUUGAUAGGAAAGAAGUUUGACAAAGAUGCGGGGACUGAUGCGGGAUCCUUAGAAGCCCUUCACCAACUCGGUUGGCAAUUGAUAAGUCUUGGAAGAAACGUCUCCCUUACUCCUAAUUCUUCCAUCUCAACAUCUACGGGCGCGUCGUGGGUUCCAGGAGGUAGACAACAACCUCCUCCCCCACCCCCUCCACCCCCAUCAGCCCCAAUAUCACAAUCACAACAACCGCCUCCGAGUGUUCAACAUCCGCAUCCUCCUAUGUCAGGGAUUUCCAUGCGUGGAAAUCAGAAGUAUAGCGCUUUCUAUCAGCAUAACAGAAAGCAUCAAGCAAUGGAGGAGGCGGAGUCACUUCGACAAUCCGUCACUACCACCACGCCAUCUUUUCAUCGAUUGGGGUUCCCUUCCAGACGAGUGAAUGGUCCCACUCUUCCAGGCCAUACGAGGGGACACUUUUCUAAUUCUUCAUCUGUCCUGGAACCAUCAUUGAAACCUGCAAUAAGUCAACGGUUGCAAAGUGAAUUAACUUCUCCACCACGCAGUCGCGAGACUGCCUUCCUUUGUAGCUGUGGCGAUGAUUUUGAGAGUCUCUACGGCUUCACCCUCCACAUGCGCGACACAGGACACAAACCACGAAGUAGCCAGCCAGAACGUGAUAUUCCGAAGUUGGUUCGAGGCCAGGAUAUGUGGAUCAAUAGUGAGACAGAGCAGACGCGGGAAAUCCUACGUUGCAUGCGGUGUAAUCAAUCCUUUCGUAGCCUUCCCGAGUUGACAAUGCAUAUGAUGAAGACGAGUCAUUAUUCGGAGAUUGUCUACAGCGAUGCGGGACGAAAUUUACUAGCCAGUCAAACAUUUUCCUCUGUAGCAGAAAGGAAUAGAUCUGGAGGUUCCGUGAAUACACCUUCGUGGAGUGCUGGUGGUUUGAAGACGUCGUCCUCGACUUCUGUACCGCUUAAAAGACCUAAUCGUGGCUGUGUACCUCCCCAGAACGGAUUAUCGAUGUCUUCCGACACAGUGAAAAAUAUUGAUUCAUCUAUAACCGAGAAAAAAGUGAAUGGGCACCCAGAGACGCCUCAUAUUGGAACCAAGUCGUCACGCCUAGAGGAGACACAAAAAUGCGAAAGACCUGCCAGUUCACAUGAGAUGCACUUAGUGAAACCUUCUCCAAAACCAGCAGCUUCGCCAGAAGCUCUCUCCUGCCCCUCCGAGCUUCAACGAAGUGCUGCAUCCUCUCCACGGAAUGAAGGGGAAAGACAAGAGCACAAGUAUCUUAGUUCACCAACGUCAAGUAGGGAAAACACGAGUCCCCGAGCUUCCGAAGAAGAAUCGUCCCGUCGGAGCUGUACGGAUAGUGUUAUAAGGCAAAUUGAAAGUUUUGUGGAGAAAAGUUUGCCAAAAUCCAACGCUUCAAGUCCAGUGGCUUCCAGACCUCAAACAUGGCAGCAGAGGCAGCAAAUACAGGGUCACGUUAAACCGACGGCAUUCGGGCGCUGCAAUCUUUCCCCAUUAACUGAGACUGAUACGAGUAGAUCUACUCCGGACAAGUGCGUUCAACGAAAGCGUCGAUUUUCCAGCGGAUCUUCAAAUUCUGUAGCGCCUUCCAGCACCACGGCUGCUAACAUACCUACUGAACCGGCAUCAGAGAAGCGUCCACUUUUGGCCAACUUUUCUACUGAAGUUGGGGGCUGCGAAAAUCCAUUGUCGUCGCUACAGAAACUUGUAGAAACCACGCAUCAAAGUGGAACAGGAUUAAAAAGCCCUAUUAGACCAUUUAGUCAAACUAGUGAAAUUUCCCCUGUCCCUUCAAAUCACUCAACUGACAUGGAAGGCUCUGGAGGGGCUAAAACUACCCCCUCAGCGGCAGAGACGGUUCAGCAGCAAACCAAUAUUGCCGCAGCGCUCUCAGCACUACAGAACUUAAUGUCAAAGGUGUCAACUUCCUUACCAGCGAGCAAUUCCUCCAAACAACCACAAGCUUCACCAAAUCUAGACUUUCUUUUGCCCUCAAACGGUGAUAGCGACGCAGCCAACUGGAUGGGACUCUUGAGUACUUUUCUCACUGCGACUAAGCAAUCAGAUAUAGAGCAAAAGAGAUCGGACAUGAGUCUACCAAUAUCUAAUCUCCCUUCUCCUUCAAAGAUGUUUGAACAGCCUUCCACUGUAUUUCCAGCUGGAGGGUUCGAUUUCAGCGCUGUAGCUAAAGCCCAAUCCCUAUCAGUGCAUAUGAAUCCGCCAACGAUGACUUCGGCAGGUCCUAGCAUUGUAGCGAACAUCACCAAAAAAGCGAAAUGCCACUUCUGUGGCAAGCCUUUUGCGAAUAAAGGUCAAGUUCGUCUUCAUAUCAGCAAGAAUAAGUGUCCGUGUCUGCUCCAACAAUCCGCAUUGGGCAAACCAUCAGGAGGUGCUCCAUCGACCAGUAAUAUGGGUUCACAGGUUCCUGAUAAGCAUGGACUGCCGUUUCCCUAUCCUGGAUUCCCACCUGGAGCUGCAGAUUUGGGCAGAUUUUUCUCGCCACCUCCUCCUCCAACGCAUCAUCAGCAACAAUCAGCCCAGCAGACCACACAACCACCACCGUCUUCACAACCCUCAAUAUCCCAACAAUCGACGCAGCAGAAAUCGAUUGAUUCGAAACCACCUGCAGAAGCUGCUGCUUUAGCUGCACUUUUGCGACAUUUUAAUGUACCCCAAACCGGUCGUCCCACAGGUCUGAAGCCUGCAGAUGUGUUGGCGUCUCUGACAAGACCAACAGAGACAAAUCCUGGCAACACUGCUGCUUCUUCGAACCCCCUUUUUUCCAUCUUCUUUCCGUCAACAAGUCUUGCUACUCCAGCACCGCCUCCACCUCCACCACCACCACCGCCACCUCCAACGCAGUCCGUGGAUACGUCUGGACUAACUCCAGAACAAAAAGCCUUGUUCCUUUUUGCACAGGCCAUGGUUUCUCUAGCUGUGGGAGCGUCAAAUGCAACAACUAGUGGCAAGCUUGGCGAGGAAAUGACUCAGCCGCAACCACCACCACCGCCCCCACCACCGCCACCACCGCCUCCGCCACCACCACCGCCUCCACAACUACCAGCGUACCCGCCAUUAACGAGUCUUCUACAGAACUUCAACAUCACUCCUACACCCCAACACGAGGUGGCUGUGAAUUCAGAAACCUUAGAAUCCUACCUGAGCGCAAUUAGACACCUUGCUUCGUUGGGCAACGCUGCUGCUUUAGCAGCAGCAGCAACGGCUGGAGUUACCUCUUCAACUGCAGUGGCGGGAACUAACUCAACCACAACGACGACAACGGCAGCAUCAAUAGUGUCCACAAAUUCCUUACCAAGUGGUGAAAGUGUGCCGAUUGGUGCUAAGGAGGCGGAGCCACAAUAA